AUGUCCCAAGUCGUAUAUAUCACCACAGAAGCCUCAGACCGAAUUCGCGUAGAAGAACCCAUCCCGACACCCGAUUGGAUCCACCCGCACUUAAUCGAAAGCAAAGACGCGGUCAAAGGUCGCCAAUUUCGCGUCUCCGGUCCCAUCCCCAAAGGCGCCUGUCUCCUCGUGGAUCCCCCCUACGCAGUCAUUCCCGUCGUCGACGAACCCGCCCACAAUGACCAUCUGAUCUGCAGCAAUCCCGUUUGUAAUCGACCAGCGCCUCGCCACACUCGGACUUCAUGUCCGAAUUCCUGUAUCCCGGAUGUGGCGUGGUGCAGCAGCAUAUGCCGGGAGGCCGAUAAUCUUCGACAUGACUUUGAAUGCGCUUGGCUCAAACGGUAUGCAGGGACAAUUCGGUCUAAAUGGGGUGAAUAUGAUUUCGGCAUGCUGUGGGUGAUUCUUCGGCUGCUUGCUGCGCGACAUUGCCAAUUACAUGAGCGGACGGCGGUUGAUGUUGUUGGAAAUUGGAAGCAUGGCUGGAGUGGAAUUCAAUCGCUCUGUGGCUCUGAGGAUACUUGGCCCCAUGACAAGGUCCGGUCUUGGUCUACUCUUGUGAAGAAGUAUCUUCGGAGCAGUCCGGCUCUUCCCCAUGAUAUGAGUGCAGAUCGUGUUCUUCAUCUCAUUUGUCAGGAAGAGGCAAACUCAUUCGGGCUCUACCCACGAGAAACAGGUCAUUUCCCUCCGCCAAACCCUCCUGUCGAUAGAGGGGAGCAGUUUGCUGCUGCUGUUUAUCCCACUGCGGCAAUUGCUAAUCAUUCAUGUUUGCCAAAUAUGAUCCAUAAAGCCGACGACCAAGGCCGCAUGGUCUUUACCGCCUCCCGCGACAUUUUUCCGGGCGAGGAAUGCUGCAUCUCGUACUUCGACCUGACACAAUAUACGGAUCUUACUUCGCGUCGUGAACACCUUCGAAAAUCGUUCCGUUUCGUGUGCCAGUGUGAACGAUGUGUUUCCGAAGAAUCCGCGGACGAAUCCACCGAAUCCACCGAAUCAACCGAAUGGACUGCAAUGCCAAUGAUGGACAUGUGA